CAAAAUAUUACCGAUGAAGUGACGGUAAAUUUGCAAUCGCAUCAAGCACGAUCUGUACCUCAGCGAAGCGCUAUCCAGCAGCCAACGAUUAAUUCGCUUCUUAAAUCUAAAGAUGGUAAAAAGGCUUUUGAAACUGAAUGCACCGAAGCUGGCGAUCGCUUCGUAAAAGGAAAAGUUUCAGAUUCGCUUACCACCCGAACGGUAUCGUCCUCGCGGACAAGCUUCACACAGCAACAGCAUAACGAUGUACGCCAAGCUGUCCAUACUAGCCCCAAAAUAGAGCAAGCAAGUAUUUCCUCGAACACCGGAAGUGCAUUACAAAGCAAAAUGAUGCAACAAAACGCGCACAAAGUAGACGGCAUCGGUCCCAUCACGAGAGAAGGAAUGCCAUUAACAUUACGAUCCGAAAUUGACGAAGGAAAUCGCGACAAAUGGUACAAGCAAAUGUACCAAACGCUUCAUAAAGCGCAAGAUGACGAUGAUUACGUUACUGUUCGAUACAAAACACGUAGAGGAUACCCCUACAAAUCGACAGGUUAUCAAUCGGAGCCGGAAGCGGCUUACGAUUCAGACCACACCUUCAAAUACAGUACGAUCGAUCGUAGACGAACUCCGCUUGGGUUGAGCACCUCUAGCUAUAGCAAGUUCAACACGCUGCAGAAUACAGCUCCUCAGCAGCUUUAUCAGGAUUCGGUAAAAUCGGGAUAUUAUUUGUACAAAAAUCAACCCGGCAAAAUAGAGGAUUACACCCCAGGGCGAUCGUCAAUUACGGAAAAAGAAACUAAGGAGCAAAAAGAACAGCAAAAGUUGGCAACCAGCAAAACUUACACCGAAGGAAAUUUAUCAAGGGCCCUGAAAGAGCAAGGAUACGAAAGCGACACGACGCUUGUUUUCAAAAAACGCGAAUUACCUCUUAAUGCCACAUUGAGCCCAGUUGAACAGAAGCAUUACUACAAAACCAUGCAAGCUGGUGGUGAGAUACCAUUGCAAGGCUUUCGUAAGCCGGCUCCCGAAAAGCCAAAAGAGUCUCCUCGCCGCUACAUCGAGAGUGAUGUCAACAUUCACUACAAAACUCCUAUUCGGUUCGAAUAUAAAGAACCCGUGCCAGAUGAAGAACUUGCGUUCCGUCAAGCAGAGCACAUGCGUCGGGUGUAUCAAGAGGAACGACAUCGAAAGUACAUCCACGAGCUGGAAGAUAUGCAUUCGAGGCGCCAUAAGGACAAUAUAUUACCUUCCCAAAAGUCACCGAUACCACUAAACCGCUACGACGAUUUUCCAGCCGAUUUAUCGCCCAAACCCCAGCAACAGCAGCCGAAGAUGAUAGCCCGAGCAUUGUACAAUUUCAAAGGACAAAGUGUUAGAGAGCUAUCCUUCCGCAAAGGCGACAUCAUUUAUUUGCUGCGUCAAAUCGAUAAAAAUUGGUACGAAGGAGAGCACAAUGCAACAGUUGGUCUGCUGCCGGCAAAUUACAUUGAGAUACUUACCAGAGAUAAUAUCAGCACGAAAAAGCCUCUCCUAAAAACGCCAGUACGCGAAGGCAAAGCACGAGCAAAGUUUAACUUUACUGCGCAAACCUCGGUCGAACUUUCGCUUUUGAAAGGUGAGCUGAUCACGCUCACGAGACGAGUGGAUGACAAUUGGUUCGAAGGGAAAAUUGGUAGCAAAAAAGGAAUUUUUCCGGUGUCAUAUGUAGAGAUACUGACCGACAUAGACGGCGCAGAAAGCUACGAUAUUGUGGAGCCCAUCAUCAUCAACCGGCCGCAAUCGGCCCUCGGACUUACCAGUCAGCCUACAUCGGCACUGUCCUCAACACGUAUGCACUACGAUGACAGCUCAAUAGGCAUUAAUGGGCGUAUGACGCCACCGGGAAUAGUACGAGAAACAAAGACGAUACAAAAAACUGAAGUAUUGCAUGUAGAUACAUCGAAUGAACCGAUAUCUUACCGGGCCCUUUAUAACUACAGACCGCAAAAUACGGACGAGCUAGAGCUGCAUGAAGGCGAUUUGGUGUAUGUUCUGGAGAAAUGUGACGAUGGCUGGUACGUUGGGACAUCUGCGCGCACAGGCUGCUUCGGAACAUUCCCUGGAAAUUAUGUCAGCAAAAUUUAACGAUCCAGCCCCAGAGACCUACAGCAACGAGAAACUGGGAGAAACCGAAUCCUACAAACAUCACAGGCAAAGCCCGUAUCUGUCGAAACGAACGACUAACUAAAACAAUGAGCUUAAGCUUGUUUGGAAUGAUAUUUUUACACAGAGAAGAGAAAGAUCACUGGCCACAGUUGCAUCCGCAUCCUUGCCAUCACACACCCACACCCACGUGCGCGCACAGAGUUAAGAUUGUGAUGCAACAAAGAGCAAUACCAAAAAGAAAGAGGAAACAAGAAACAUCAAAGUAGUGCUUUGCUAGUCAUAGUCAUAUGCCAACAAUUGUUGAUUUUUUUUAAACAAAUUAACCAUGUUCUCAAGAAUAUAGGUCGCAACAGUGCGUAUAUUUUGAGUGACAGAAACAAGCGUAUAGCGUAUUUCAGCCAAGCCCAAAUUACCAUGCGAAACCAAUCGCAAAAAAACCCUACGAUUUUGUCCUAAUCCUUGUAGAACAAACGUGCCUUCGUCGAAAGAUGAAAACAAAUUUAACGUUAAGGCUAGGACAUAUUCAAAGAUGUCGAUUGAUUUGUCUCAAUGAUGGCUUUUGUUCAUUUUUCUGUUAGAAACAGCGGUUCAAAAAUGUUGAAAAGAAAUUAUGUACCAAGUAGUCUUUCAAAGAAAUGGGCUCAUUGAACAAUAUUUUUGUGGCAAACGGUGGAACUAUCUUUUUAGGUAUCCUGAUGUCCUUGAUACCCCAUUUUUUAUACAAAAAACAUCAUUUUUUUUGUUAAAAUAGACACACGUAUGAUAUGCCCUUACUAACGCACGUUAUUAUUCACAUUUGAUGCGCAGAAUUGGAGUAACAGUUAUUCAUUUACCAUUUAGCAAAUGUUGUGCGAAUUGAUAAAAGACUUCUAAUGGGUUUUGCUCCAUCAUCACAUUAUGGUCAUGCUUUUGAAUUCACUAACCCGCUAAAUACUAUCUCUUACUGAGUUCCGUUAAUAACCGAAUAACAGUUUAGCAACAAACAAUUCUAAAUACGUGCGCAUCUCUUACAUGUUUGUUACGAAACAAGGAUACUAAACGAUUUGUGUCUUUUUUAUGUACUAAAAUAAUCACAUUGGUUUUUAGCGAACUGCAAAUCUAGUACGUUUUACUGACACGCAACUACCUGUCAUAUAAAGUGAUUCCAAAAUAAACAAUA